UUAAAAUCUUUCAUCUAUUUAUAUCCAAAUGAGUUUACUACCAAAGAAAAAUUACAUUCUCCGUAGAUCUCAGCCUGCUUGGUUAGAUUUUGAACGGCUCAACAUGACCUUUCGUUGCGCAGCUUGCAUCUACUUUAGGAGAAGAUGCCCUCCAGAUUGCAUUUUUGCACCUUAUUUUCCUCCUACUGAUCCAGACAAAUUUGAAUUGGUCCGCAAACAUUUUGGUGCCAGAAAUGUAGUAAAAACCCUCAAGGGAGUUGGAAGGAAUCGAGGAGCUCAAGCAAUAGAGUCAAUGUAUUUUGAGGCUCGAACCAGGAAUGAGGAUCCAGUUCAUGGCUGUUAUGGGGUCAUAGCUCAACUGCAACAGCAAAUAAGUGAGACAGAAGCUGAGCUUGCAAAUACCAAUGCUGCGAUUGCCUUCUAUGCCCACCAAGCUGAUCAAGGGAACCAAUUUCAGCAGUCUAAAGCCUCUAGCUCCAAAAAUCCAUGAACAUACACCACCCAUUCUGAUAUCGAAGAGUCUUUUGUGUUUGCAUCCGAACUCAUCAGUAUAAGUACCUUUUGGGUCCUAGGUCUGGUGUUGCUUUAAUAUAAUAAAUUAAGUUGACUUUAUCAGCAGCAACUAUGCUCAAUAUUUCUCUAAUCUCCAAACUUGGUUUAGUUAUGGCCAAAUUUUAAGAAAAGGUUUUUCUUA